AUGGAGAAUGAAAAGUAUCUUACAUACCAUGGACUGAUGUGCCCAAAGAAGAGUCACAGUGAAGACAAUAUAAAGGAUUUUAAGACAUUCAAAGUUCAAGAGGAUGAUGUUUUUGUAAUUACGUAUCCAAAGUCAGGUACGGUAUGGAUGCAAGAGAUUAUUCCCCUGCUCCUCAAUGGAGGAGAUUUUACUCCUGUGCAGACCAUCCCAAACUGGGAAAGGGUUCCUUGGCUUGAGGCAACUCCUGCUCUGUUCGUGGACAAGAUGAUUUCUCCACGGGCUAUGGUCUCCCAUAUGCCUUAUCAUCUGAUGCCUUCCUCAUUCUUCUCUUCUAAGGCUAAGAUCAUUUAUAUUACCAGAGACCCAAGAGAUGUCUUGGUUUCCUCUUUUCAUUUCCACCGGAUGGCCAAUUUUCUAGAUAACCCAGGAACAUUCGAAGAAUUUGCUGCCAAAUUCCUAGCAGGGAAAGUGUUUUAUGGAAAGUGGGCUGACCAUGUAAAAAGCUGGAGAAACCCAGAUAUAGGAGACAGAAUUCUCUACAUCAAAUAUGAGGAGAUGAUUCAGGUAAGUGUUUCGAUUAGGACCAUAAAAUUGGCCAUAUCCUUAGGGCAGGAAUUACAGUCUUACCAAGAAAUUGCUGGAGACUGGAAGAAUCAUUUCAGCCCAGAGUUGGAGGCCAAAUUCAUUGCAGCCAUUAAUGAAGAAAUGAAGGGAUAUGGAAUUAGAUUCUAUUGGGAUGAGGAAGAAAAUGAAAUUUCCUUUAAUUAA